AUGGAUUCAAAGAAGCCAAACAAGAUCAGUGAGAUAGUAAGGCUUCAGCAGAUCCUCAAGAAGUGGAAAAAGCUUGCAAACACACACAGCAACAGCAACAGCAACGGCUGCAGCAGCAAUGGCAGUAGCAAAAGCAUUAAGUUUCUGAAGAAAACACUUUCCUUCUCAGACAGCUCCAGCAAUAUUGGCAUUGGUUAUGGUUUGUCUUCGGGGGACUCGGUUCCGAAGGGAUUCCUUGCAGUGUGCGUGGGGAAAGAGCUGAAGAGGUUCAUCAUCCCAACGGAGUAUUUGGGUCACCAAGCCUUUGGGAUUCUGCUGAGAGAAGCUGAAGAGGAGUUUGGGUUUCAACAGGAAGGGGUGUUGAAGAUCCCAUGUGAGGUGUGUGUGUUUGAAAAGAUCUUGAAGGUCGUGGCGGAGAAGAGGGACAUCUUUUUCUUGCAUGAUGAGAUCGGUUGCUGCCCUUCAGACUCUGAGUUAACACGCUCUCCUCAUCCUCAGAUGUGUAGAUAA